UUCUUCCUUUUUUUAAAUCAAGGCAUGCACAGCACUCGGUCUCCUCACAUUAGAGAAGGUCAUAUCUAAUAAUAAAGAAAUAUAUUUUUAUUGUUGAGCCUGAAUUGACUGAUAAGUCAAGCUGUUGUCAGUGUGGACCAGCUGUAAAUGGCUACUUGUCACCAUCUUAGGGGAGGGUUGUAUAAAAGUCCCUUGGGUUUGCCAGCACUUUGAUGUAUAACUCAACCACAAGUGCAGUGAGUUUAAAAGUGCAAGUCUUGGCUCGUGAGUCAGCACUCCCUCCCAGAUGGUAUAAGAAGUGUUUGCUUGGAGAACAGCGAUGAGACAAAGCCUGCACAGCUCUGGGAGUGUUGGUAGCUGUCACUAAAAGGAAAGGCUGCAACGAGGCUGGGGCAACACUCUGGGAAUGGUCUGAUGUCUGAUGUUGAAGUUUAAGAAGCCUCGGCUGCUCCAGCCAGUCAUUCCAGUGGUUGUUUUAAGGGAAAUUCACAUUUUAAUUAUUUCUUCUCAUUACAUUUUAUGCUGCUGACAAGGACACAUUGGAAGACAUCCUUUUGAACCAGAAAACUUCCCGACCGAGGACCUAAAUCAGCCAUGGUUCCUGCAUAACUGGUUAUGAAAAUCUGCACUCCAAGUCUGAAACGGCAGGGCAUAAGAUGUUUGUGGAGUCAGCUGUCCGAUGGUGGGUGUGGAGCAUCCUGCUUCAGUUUGGUCUGGGUGUAUCUGCAGGAGGCUGCCCUUCACGAUGUACGUGCAGACCUGAGGCAAGAGAAGCUGUCUGCUCUGGGAAAUAUUUGACUUCUGUGCCAGAGGGUGUUUCCAACGACGCCAGACGUUUGGAUUUAUCCCGCAAUAGGAUUAAAACUGUGGGACGUCGUCAGUUCUCUGGCCUCCUGCAACUUCAGGAGUUGGACCUCAGUGAUAAUGUAAUCUCCAUGAUUGAAGUAGAGGCUUUUUUGGGCCUCAGGAAUCUUAGGACACUUCGAAUUAAAAACAACCGUCUCAAGAUCCUCCCAGUGGGAGUGUUUUCUGGCUUGUCGAGUCUGCGCUAUGUGGACUUGAGUCAGAAUGAGAUUCUUGUUUUUCUGGACUAUACAUUCAAAGAAAUGGUCAACCUGCAAUGGCUGGAAACUGGGGAGAAUGACCUUGUCUUCAUCUCACAAAGAGCUUUCUUUGGUCUGCAGAAUCUGCAAGAGCUCAACUUAGACCGGAGCAACCUGACCUCCAUUCCCACCGAAGCCUUGUCCCAACUCCAGAGCCUGGUCCAACUUCGCAUGAUACGCCUAACUAUUUCUGCACUACCCAACAAUGCUUUUCGACGACUCCACCGUUUGCGAAGUCUCGUGAUCUCGAACUGGCCAACAUUAGACUCAAUUGCCACCAACAGUCUAAUUGGUCUUAAUUUGACCUCACUUGUCAUCAGUAGCUGCAACCUAAGCUCAAUUCCUUAUGCAGCCCUUCGUCAUCUAGUGUACCUACGCUUUCUAGACUUGUCCUACAACCCUAUCACUGUCAUUCAAGGUAACCUGCUGGGGGAUCUACUGAGACUCCAGGAGUUGCAUCUUGCCGGGUCAAGUCUGCUACAAAUAGAGCCAGGAGCCUUCAGGGGUCUGUCCUUCUUUCGCAUGCUUAAUGUGACAUCAAAUCAGCUCACUACUUUGGAGGAGAGUGCUUUCCAUUCAGUGGGGAACCUUCAGGUGUUGCGGUUGGACGGGAAUCCCCUUGCAUGCGAUUGUCGGCUUCUGUGGGUGGUCCGUCGCAGGCUGCGCUUGAACUUUGAUGGACAUCAGCCCACUUGCUCUUCUCCUGAUACGGUGAAACAUCGAGAAUUCAGAGAGUUCUCAGAAAAAGAACUCCCAAAGCUGUUCACCUGUCGCCCUGCUCGUGUCUUGGACCGCAGGCCGCAGGAGGCAAGAGUGGAAGAGGGUACCACCGUUCUGUUUUCCUGCAAGGUCGAUGGGGACCCAUUACCAGUUAUCACCUGGAUUUCCUCCCAGAAGACUGUGAUCUCUACUUCGGGAAGAAUCAGAGUUUUACAGAAUGGUACUCUGGAGGUGAGAUUUGCUCAGGUUCAGGACAGUGGUGCAUACCAGUGCCUGGCAGGCAAUGCAGCGGGCAAUGACAGCCUGACUGUGGGUCUAUAUGUGAAGGGGCUUCCACGUAACAGAUCCAUCCCUUUGUUCACAGAAGAAGGUUGGGUUGAGCCUUCAACUGCCCAAGCUGCCAACUCCUCAGCUCAAAUGGCCAAGCCAUAUCCCUUUGACGCAAAGACCCUGAUAAUUGCCACUACCAUGGGAUUUCUGUCAUUCCUCAGUUCUGUGGCCAUCUGUUUUGUCUUCAUGUUUUUCUGGAGUCAGAGCAAAGGUCAGAUCAAGCACACAGCAACUAUUGACUUUGUUCCUCGUUCUUCUGUUGGUGGAGGAGGAGGGGAUGGAGGUGAUGGGGGCAGGUUUACUAUGAAACUUAUUUAAAGAGAUAUAAGGUGAUGAGACUAGUCUCUGAAUGAAGUACUUCCACUAUAUGGCUCAAAGACAGCAACCAGAGUUGAAAUGGCCCUUAAGAAAGCAGUUAGGGUAUAUUUUCGAUCAUGCUAGUCCCUCUGUGAGUUUUAGAGCUGAAAAUUAUAUCAGUGGCUUCUUUUCUGUGUCAUUUGAGGAAAUAAAAUUCAUUUGCUCUGCAUUUCUUUUAACACAUCAUACUUUUAAUCAGCAUGUGCUUACUACAGCUUUUUUUUAUUAUAAAAAA